GAACUUCUUCAGGAUGGAGAGCUACGUUUCUUGCCUUUGCUGGAUUCUUGGGAUCAUCUGAGAUAGUCUGACCCUCAUCCACAUUAUCUUUUUGACAAGGCAUAUCCUUUCUUCAGGAGAGGUUUUCUCCAUAUAGUACACGUUGAACCUUGAACAGUUGAGCGACACAUCAGCAAUAUGGAGGAGGAGGACCUAAGUGAAAGAGGAUUGCCACAAAUUGCUUCAAUCAUGAAUAGAGUUAGAGACUUGAAAAACAAAUACAGAAAUGAAGACAAUAUCACAGAUGAACUUAACUGUACUAAAAUCUCAGCUGAUACAACAGAUAACUCUGGAACUGUUAAUCAAAUAAUGAUGACAACAAAUAAUCCGGAAGAUUGGCUGUGUUUUUUGCUUAGGCUAGAGAAAAAGGGUAUUCCUCAGAUGGAUGUUAGCCUACUGAAUAGACUCAUUGGUCGCUACAGUCAAGCAGUGACUGCAUUACCUGCAGAAAAGCAUAGUCAAGAUGAGAGCUAUGCUCGCAUCCUUGUGAGAUUUGCUGAAUUGAAAGCUCUUCAAGAUCCGGAGGAGGCACGGGACCAAUUUCAUCUGGCCAGACUGAACUGCAAGAAAUUUGCUUUUGUGCACGUGGCUUUUGCGCAGUUUGAACUGUCACAAGGAAACAUGAAGAAGUGUAAGCAGCUCCUUCAGAAAGCUGUGGAGUGCUCUGCUGUUCCACUAGAAAUGUUGGAAACUGCUCUACGAAACUUUCAUGCACAAAAAAGGCAGUUGCUUUCAGAUGAAGAGAAGGAGAACUUAGCAGUAUCAAGUACACAAGAGUCUGGACUUCAGAGCAUAGUUGGAAAUCACAGAAGCAUAAAAAAGAAUGAUUCUAGUGAAAAUUCUUCUACUGUUACCAGACUUUCGCUUGGGGAGGAAAAGUCACAGGAACUUGAUGCUCUAGUUAAUUACCACAAUCCAUUAAGACCACUAAACAAAUCUAACCAGGCCUGCUCCUUUGGGAGGGUUCCUGUUAAACUAGUAACUGAUGCUGGUGAUGAUGUGAAGAUGACAGAUGUCCCACUUACAGCUAGUGUUAUGAAGAGGCAAAUAUCCGGCUCCAAAUGUAUAGGCUUCAUUGCACCUUUUCUACCAUCAGAACCAAAAUCUACUGGGGGUGAUUCAUAUGACCUGGCAGACUUGCAGUCCUUGCAAGAAAAAAAUUCUUUACAGUUGCAGAUGUUGGAUGAGAACAGCUUAGAAACAGCUACCAAUUCAACUGUAACUCUCAAACCCAAAAUGGAUACAAGUCUUGCAAUGAAAAGAGAAGAAAAAGUCCAGCAUCAGAAGCUGAAGAUACCAGAGCCAAGGAGUCUGGAAAGUCAGCAGCAACAAUCUAGUUCUGGUGAAAGCUAUAGAAAGCAGUUGGAUCAGAUUAAACUGAACUGUGUCAACUCCAGAAAAAAAUGGCCAAUUCAAGAAGCGACACAGAAAAGCUGCUAUAGAGAGGGAAAACAAUCGAGCCUUGAACAAUCUGGUCAUCCUGUUUCAAGAGGUCUAUCACCACCAGAUGCUGUUUCUAAGAAAAGUGAUCCAUUGCAUGUUUGUGGAACACCAAGCACCACAUAUAAUGACUAUAUGGACUGUUUCAGAACGCCAGUUGUAAAGAACAACUUUCUACCAGGAAGUCAAAUUUCUACUCCCUACAGCCAGCUCCCAUAUUUCGUACCACAUACUCCAGCAACUCCAUUUCAAAAUCAAGUUGGCUUGCAGGUUCCAGCUUCUAUACCUUCACAUGAAUGUCUUGCCAUCAAAGGAAGAGUUUAUACAAUAUUAAAGCAAAUAGGUAGUGGAGGCUCAAGUAAGGUGUUUCAAGUACUGAAUGAGAAGAAGCAGCUGUUUGCUGUCAAAUAUGUGAAUCUAGAGGAAGCUGAUCAACAGACUGUUGAGAGCUAUAAGAAUGAAAUUGCUCAUUUGAGUAAACUGCAGCAACAUAGUGAUAAGAUCAUCCGCCUUUAUGGCUAUGAAAUUACUGAUCAGCAUAUCUACAUGGUAAUGGAGUGUGGAAAUAUUGAUCUCAAUAGCUGGCUCAAAAAGAAAAAAAACAUUGAUCCACUGGAACGAAAGAGCUAUUGGAAAAAUAUGCUGGAAGCUGUUCACACAAUCCAUGAAUAUGGCAUUAUUCACAGUGAUCUGAAACCAGCAAACUUUCUGAUAGUUGAUGGAAUGUUAAAACUAAUUGACUUUGGCAUUGCAAACCAAAUGCAACCAGAUGUGACAAGCAUCAUUAAAGAUUCUCAGGUUGGCACGAUGAAUUAUAUGCCACCCGAAGCAAUAAAAGAUAUGUCUUCCUAUGGAGAAAACGGGAAAUCUCGAUCUAAGAUAAGUCCCAAAAGUGAUGUGUGGUCAUUGGGAUGCAUUUUGUACUGCAUGACAUAUGGAAGGACUCCAUUUCAACAUAUAACAAAUCCAAUUAAUAAACUGCAUGCUAUCGUUGAUCCUAGCUAUGAAAUAGAAUUUCCAGAUAUUGCUGAGAAGGAUCUUCAAGACGUGCUAAAGCGCUGUUUAAUAAGAAAUCCUAAACAAAGAAUAUCUGUUUCGGAGCUGCUGAUACAUCCCUAUGUUCAAAUUCAAAGUCAUUGUCAAACAGGUGUUCCAAAUGCAAAAGGAACAACAGAGGAAAUGAAACGUAUCCUUGGUCAGCUUGUUGGCUUGAAUUCUCCUAACUCUAUUUCUAGAGCUGCUAGGACUUUAUACGAACAGUGCAACAGUGGUAAAAGUCUUGAUGUAUCAGCAUUUGCAAAACCUGCGAGUCAAAAAUCAUGGACAACAAAAUGA